AUGGCGGCGAUACUUGUCACGGGUGCGACAGGAAAGCAGGGAGGCUCGCUCAUCAAGAGCCUCGUUGCCAGGAACGCCCCAUUUGAGAUCCUCGCUGUCACCCGCAAUUCAAAAUCCUCAUCGGCUCAGCGACUGGCGCAGUUAUCGCCGAAGAUCAAGCUGGUAGAAGGGAAUUUGGACGAUCCUGCGGGAAUCUUUCAGAACGCACGCAAUGUCACAAAAACCCCUGUUUGGGGUGUCUUCAGUGUUCAGGUGGCAAUUGGAAAUGAAGCGCAAGAAGAGCCGCAGGGAAAGGCUCUCGUUGACGAGGCCUUGAAACAAAACGUCAAAUUCUUCGUCUACAGCUCUGUCGACCGAGGCGGAGAAGUGACCUCCCUGAGCAACCCUACCAAUAUCCCACAUUUUAUCCACAAACACAACAUUGAGAAGCACCUGAUAGAAAAGACCAAGAACACCGAAAUGCAGUGGUUUAUUCUUCGUCCGACUGCCUUCUUCGACAAUUUCGUCCCCGGGUUCAUGGGCAAGAUCUUUACGGCCUCCUACAGGGUGGCAUUGAAAGACAAACCGCUGCAAUUCAUAGCGACCAGCGACAUUGGGUACUUUGGCGCCGAGGGUUUCCUUCAUCCCGACAGAUAUGCAGGCAGGGGUCUCUCGCUAGCCGGUGACGAAUUAACCUAUGAUCAAUUUGCAAAGAUAUUCGAGCGGAAGACAGGCCAGCGUCUUCCUACCACUUUUGGAUUUCUUGGGUCGAUAAUCCUGGCUUCAAUGAAGGAUUUCGGGUAUAUGUUUAAGUGGUUCCACGAUGAAGGGUACAAGGCAGAUAUUCCAGAGCUAAGGUGCAUGAAUCCUGACCUGGAGAAUUUUGAGACGUGGCUGGAGAAGGAGAGCGAAUUCAUGAAGCAUUGA